GAUAUAGGCCACCACUGUUUUGCGGCCUCUUUCUCGAACUCGAGCUGCGUUGGUUGUGUUAUUUGCCAUUCAGACGAACUGAUCAUUCGGGAGUGACUUCUAAGCUUGUGUUUCGAACCAUCAUUACUUACUACUCUAUACUACAUAUAUGCCCCUAAACUUGGUGGGUUCUGGCUUCAAAAGAUCCAAAGACACACGAGGAGAAGAAGUGGAACCGAGACACUCUUAGGCUUGUCAGAAAACAAGCGUGGGAAAAAAUGAUCAUAAAUCUAAACCGUGACUUCUGAAAGACAACCCUCGUACUCCCUAAGAACGCGUGUUUUUCCGCCUGAGAAGUGAGGUUUGACGUUCACCAAUUUGGAAAUGGAUCACAUUGAACAUAGGAUCUGAAGCAAAACCAUGCUGAAAUAAUGUGUGGAAACGGGUCUGCAUCCAUUCCAUGCAUUUGAUGUCCACAAAUCCAUCGGCAAAGCAAGAACCACUGUCAAACCACGGAAAAGCAACAGCUUUCUACCAAGCGAAAAAGAGAGAGCGAAACUCUUUUUCGGGAAUUGAAAGAUUUAUUAUUUAUUCCUUUUUGUGGGCCAGAAACCGUGUGAAGGGUUCCUGAAUUCGAAGUGAAAACCAGUGCAAAGUUCCAGUGGUGGAAACAAGCGGAGAAGAGACUAACAAAUCUAGAUGGAACCGUGGCCAUGGGAUUUCUCUGAUUCGUAGGAGAUAUUGUGAGUGAAUAAGUGGACUUGCUAGGGUGACACAACGUGAAUCAUAGGGAUCAACAUGAAGACCUUCAGUUUGGCAAUACUCAUGAAUUUAUGGGCAGUAGGCUCAAGUUGGCGUCCACAGGCGGGUUCCCAAUCCCAAUACCAACCAUUGCCUCCUUCUCAGAAGCGUCCAGGCUCCACCACGUUCCAUAACGAUAUCGAACCGGAUCAAUGGAAGCCCAAUUACAACUAUGACCAACAUCGCCGAUAUCAAAAGGAGGGAGGUCACGACGGUCAGCCUUACAUUGACCGACAGGCUAGCUCAGGAAAUCAGUCCGUCCUUGUGGGCAAACAAAUCAUCUUAUCGUGCGUGAUCCGGGACCGCGAAAACAAAUCGGUAUCGUGGAUUCGUCACUCAGAUUCGGCCAUUCUCUCCGUGGAUACGCUUCUUUUUACAAAAAGCCACCGAAUGAAGGUGUUCCAUCCAUCUGGCGCAGAUGAGUGGAUCCUGAGCGUGAAUCCCGUGGAGAUUUCGGAUGCUGGGAUGUAUGAAUGUCAAGUGGCUUCCACACCGCACACCUCCCAUUUCAUGGCUGUUAAUGUUAUAGAGCCACGUACUUCAAUAUUGGGCACUCAGGAGUUAUUUAUCGAGGCUGGAAGCACCAUCAAUCUCACUUGUGUCAUUCACACGGGAGGUCAAUCCAUGAGGUCCUCGCACAUUUAUUGGAACUACAAUGGUCAGAUAAUUACCCAUAACCGCCAUCGUGGGGGAACCAUUGUGAUCGAUAAACGCGACCAAGAGAUCCUUACUUCGUUGAUCAUUUCACACGCGGGUCCAUCAGAUUCGGGCAAAUACACCUGUGAUCCAGCAUCCUCAUAUGCCCAAUCCGUCACGGUUCACGUCACAAAAGGAAGUGAUGCUGCCAUGCGUCCCAACGCCAUUGUUCGUUCCCAAGCAUCCUCCUCGUCUCAUUUCCCCUCAAUUUUGAGGAGCAUUAUUUUCCACGUGACGCUUGUCUUGUGGGGCAAAAUGGCUUCAAGUUUCGCUGUUGGCCAAGCUUUAUGAAAAAAAUGGCAUCAGAGAUACAAAUCGCAAGCCUAUGGUGAUUCAGCCAGAAAUGCGUUCCAUUGUUGUUCCCCUUGUGUUUACAUGGACCAAGAGAGGAACGUGGCGAUAAUGAAAAGAAAAUACAAAAUGGAACCGUCAUUCGGCACAGGAAGACAUUGGGAGGUUGACCAUGGACGAAGAGGUUCAUUAAGUUAACCAUAUUACUUACGAUUAUUAUACCAGUCUUA